CUGUGCGUCUGUAUGGGUUUUUAAAUGCAUGUGUUUGUGUGUUUUGGAUAGACGCUCCAGUCCCUAGAAGUGGGUGUGCUCAUGAUAACACGCUCUAUAAACACCCGAGGCCAGAGUUUCCUGAGUGGAGCGACAGGGAAAAGAGAAAGAGCAGCAAAGCAGCCACUCUGAACUUCUUAUUUGGGUCACUGAACAUGUUCAUGCCCAAUUUUUUCCUCCCUUGUUUUGCUUUAUUUUAGCAGUUAAGCAUGCGCUCCAGAAGAAAACACGGCUCGUCUUUGAAUUCCACCUGUGUGAAACUCUACCUGUGCUCCAACCCAGAGGAUAGUGUGGUGGAGCGCAGAGCUCUGAGAGAGAGUGUGUUCCCUAAACUCAGAGAGCACUGCAGACACACACUGGGACUGGAUGUCAGGGUGAUCGACCCAUUUGAGUCCAGUGAUCCCAGUCGUUGGCCUGAUGAAAACACCAGACAGCAGCUGAUUAAAGAAUGCAGAAAGAGCUCCGCGGGACCUUUUUUACUGGCCCUGGUGGGACAUCAGUAUGGUAAGGCCUGCCUGCCCGCCCAGGUGGAGGUGUCAGAGUACCAGCUGCUGCUGCGGGAGGGCCAGCGGGCGGGUGUCAGCACCCAGGAGCUGGAGAGAGUGUACCAGAGGGAUGAGAACACCAUCCCUCCCUCCUACUGCCUGAGACGUCCACAUGGAAACACCUGCUGUCCUCAGCAGGAAGAUGUUAAGGAGGAAGAGGAGAUGAUGAUGAAGGCUAAAACAGAAGAGCUGAGGAGUGUGUUUCAGACCACUGUGAGUCUGUGUGUCCACAACGGUCUGAUGAGCCCAGAGAGAGCGCAGAGCUUCUGCAGAUCAGCCCUCGACGCAGAUCUGCGAUUCGCUCUGGACAGCCGUCCUGGUAGUGACGUCAUCAGACGCUGCCUCGUUUACGUCCACAAGGUCAUCAACGCAACAGGCGAGAGAGAGAUGAUGAAGGCACAACUUCAGCCACAGCCGGAGGCUGCUACCGUCGACCUGAUGACAACACCCACCCAUGGACAAUUAUACUCAGAGCUUUGUGACAACUUCCUCCCUGGUCUCAUCACAUCCUCCCAGCUUCUAGUCUACACCACUGCCACAGAGUGUGACCCUCGCCAUGGUUACACCACAGCCAGGAGGCGGGGCUAUGCUGACGCUCUGUGCCAGCAGGUGUGCUCUGACCUUGUGGGGAUGAUUGACAGCUUGAGCAUUUCAGCAAAGAGAGAAGACUCCCAGCUCAGCGAUGCUUCGGCCAGAGAGCAGGCCGAGCAGGAGGAGCUAUGUGACGUCCUGUCUCGAUUUUAUGACAUCAUACGGCCAGAGGAGGAAGAGGUCAGAGCCUACGUGGAGCAGAGCGAACAACAGUGCCCUCUGGUGGUGAAAGGAGGACCAUGCACAGGGAAGACAGUUCUGCUGGCACACUGUGCUCAACAGAUAAAGUCUUGGCUUCCCGACUGUGAUCCUGUUGUGAUCACUUAUUUUUGCAACCAGUCCAUCAACCCGUCCCCAACACACCUUUUGUCCAGCCUGUGUUAUCAAAUUGGCCGUGGAUAUAACAGCAGAUCGUCCUCUGAGCAGAGUCCCGAUGACCUGGACGGCCCCGGCUGUAUCACUAACGUCAGAGACUGCAAUCCCAACUGUAACCCGACAUCCAUCAUGUGUCUGUCUGAGCUUAAAGAUCGUCUCUUGUCCCUCCUCUCCUCCAUGCCCUCCAACAAACACCCUCUAGUUCUCAUCCUCGGUGGCCUGCAUCACAUCAAAAAGGACUUUGCACCCCACAUCAUGGAGAGCCUCCCGUCCCCCCUUCCUCCCAGCGUCAAACUCAUCCUCACAGUCUCCCCCAACCGAACACAAAUCCUGCAAGGCAUCAGCCCACAGAGAAGUCCACCUCAGUGUGUGUCCGAGGGCAGUGAGAAGGAGUUAGGAUACGUGUGUGUUCAGCUGGGAUUGGUGGACAGGAAACAGUGUGUGAAGUUGCUGGCAUCACUGCUGAGAAGUUCAGGGCGGAGGGUGACAUCCGGACAGCAGGCGCUGGUGAACCAGGCGUUGACUUCCUGUUAUUUGCCUCUCUACGUUCGACUCCUGCAACUACACACUUCGCUCUGGCACUCUGAUUCAGAUGUGACAGAGUCAUCUCUCCCUGAUGGCGUCCACUCAUCCAUUUCUGCGCUGCUUGACCACCUGGAGCAGAAACACGGCUCCUCUAUCGUGGCUCGUGCCGUCUCCUACCUCACCCUCUCCAGGACAGGGCUCACUGAGGCGGAGCUCGUCGAUCUGCUGUCCUGUGAUAAUAAAGUGCUGACUGAAUGUUAUCAGCAGGAUGAGAGCCCUUCCUCCAAAAUGAGGGUCCCGCAAAUCGACGUGGAGAGACUUCUGCUUGAUUUGAGGCGGUUUCUCAUCAGGAGGACAGUUGCAGGGUCACAUGUUUUGUUCUGGGUGAGCAGGCAUUUCAAGCUGGUGGUGGCUAAGAGGUAUUUAGGCUCUCAUGAGGUGAGGAGGGAGAUACAUUCAGCGAUGGUGGACUAUUUCAGUGGCCGAUGGGCUUGUGGAUGUGCAAAACCACUUCUUGUAAAGCAGAAAUCUGGACCAAACAAGGACACGUCCCAAACAGAAAUGUACAUAGACAGGCAGCCAUCCAGCCAGCCGUUUGUCUUCACCUCUUCCUCUAAAGAGGUUGGUCGCGUGAACUUAAGGAAGGUCUUAGAAUUGCCGCAUCACAUGCAAGAAAGUGACAGAUGGGGGGAGUUGGAGCAGGGGCUGUUAAUGUCUUCGAGGUUUCACCAGGCCAUGGUUCGAGCAGGACUCCUGGGAGAUCUUGUACACAUGUUGGAAAGUGAGGAUGGGUCCUCCCACGACUGUUUGACAAGGGAGAGAGCACUCCUGGCAAGCAUAUUGAAGUCUUGUGCUUGUUUACUGCAGAGCUCGCCCCUGCAGCUGCUCACAGUGAUAGAGACGAGCCUCCUGCCUUAUCUGAAGGUCUUUCCUGUGCUCAAGGGUUAUGUCAGAGAGAUCAGACAGGAGAGGAAAAAAGGAGGAAGCGGAUUAGGAGUAGUGCUUUGCCCUGCAUCCUCCUUUGUUCCCUCCAUUCAGUGCUUGAAUUGUAAUGCCAAAACUAAGGACGUCUCAGUUAGAGAAGCAGCCGGGACAGAGCGUGGGAUUGUAGCAGAGAUCAUGGAUGACGGCGCAGCUUGGAUUUGGCAAGGCUCUGGGUGUGAUGUAGUCAAACUAUCACUGAGCUGCGAGCAGACAGAGCUGAAGUUUGCAGGAGUAAAGAGCAGCAGCCAAUUCAUGCUGCUUUCCACACAAUGCAACAAGCUUUUCUUGUGGGAUGUGACGGACCCAGAGGUGUUCCUGCAGAUUAGGGACCCUUUGAAAACAGAGUUAAGCCAAAAAGUGGAAAACAAAGUUGAGGGGUUUGUUGCGUGUCAGAAAAAGUUAUUCAUAUGGUGGAAAGAUGAGAGUUUUGUAAGUGUGGUUGACGUCUCCAGCGAGUUCUUGACUCAUUUUCAGUGUCAGAGCUGCGUGACCUGUUUGGUUUGCUCAUCUAAUGGCUUGUACAUGUACUGCGGGCAGGAGGACGGCACGGUGUCCAUAUCUGACACCAACACUUGCAGCCUCCUCGGCACCUGUUCAAACUCAAACCACAGUGCGGUUUCAUCAAUAAUCCUGUGUGAAAAUAAGUGGGAAAUGGCAUGUGUUGACAGGACAGGAAGUGUAACUCUGUGGGAUGUGGCAGCCAAAAGAAACCCACCCAGACUUGUCACAGAAAGCUUUCCUGGGGGUACAUCUAACACCAUCCUCAAUGUAGACUACUCUCAUGAAAUCAACACUUUAUUGGUGUGUCAGUCUCACCAGGUUGCACUUUGGGAUAUGUGUGACUGGGAGCUGUGGGACCACUUCUUGGCUCCACAAGGGAAGGCCUUCACCCAGGCUGUGCUCUCCCAGGAUGGCCACCUUUUCUUGGCUUUGUUAGACACUUGCCCCCUCGUCUUGGUGUGGAAGGUCAGCACAGGGGAGUGUGUGUUGUCCUUAGAGACAAACAAGCAGCCUCAGACGCUGCUCAAAAUGGCUUCAGAUGUUGUUUGUGUCGCUCGUGACGGCUGCCUGACAGUGUGGGACUCUGGGAUGAUAGACGCUGCAGGUACAGCUCCAAAAAUGGGGUGUGGAGUGAAAGAAGUGGUGGUUGAUGGAGCAGCUGAAUGGUUCUACACCUCCGAUGGGUCAGAGACGGUGUGGAGAUGGAGAUUAGAAACAGGACUUCCACAUUCUAAAUUCCUACAUGACGGUCCUGUGGUAAAACUGCGCCUUACCCCAGAUAACGUCCACCUUGUGACACUCUCAGCUGGGGACAUAUAUGUGUGGCAGAUAGAAACAGGUCAGAACAUCCUGCGUAUCAGUGGCAGCAGAGCGACAGACAUCCUGAUCACCCCUAACAGUAACUGUGGGGUGAGUAUUUCUGAGCGAGGGGUGUCUCGGGUUUGGAAGCUGGCACAAGGGAGCAUUGUGUGCAACAUACACCCGUAUCUAUCUGACGCCCAGGUGUCUCCUGAGAGCACCUUCCUUAUCGGCCGUCGCCAUGGAGACCUGUUAGCUGCCAGUCUGUGGUCGGGCUCGAUCAGCAAGCGUUUCUCCUGCGCGGAAAGCUCAGAGCAUGUUGUUGCCUUUCAAACGCUUUCAGAGCACCCAAAUUUUGUGGUGGUGUUGACCGCCUCAGGGGCGGUGUACACCUGGAAGAUAGUGGAGGAGACGCUGUGCUGGCACUUCCAGCUGCCUGAUACGUUUCACUGUCAGCCACAAGACUUCCAAAUGUCCUCUGAUGGGAGCUACGCCCUGCUGUCCACUGAUAAUGAAACCAUCAACAUCUUGGACUUAUCCCAGGUCAGACUGUGCUCAUUUAAGGCAGAGGGUCCUGUCAUUAAAACGUGUUUGGCUAAAACUGGAUGCUAUGCUGCCUACGUAUCCCGUCCCACCACCACCCUGGAGAAUAACAGUGUCUGUAAUCUGCACGCGAGGCCCGUCCUCACAGUUGUACGACUCACAGACGGGGAAAGAAUAGGAUGUGUGUCUCUGGCUAAGAAUCCGUUGACUCUGGUUGUGUGUGAGCAACAGUAUGUGUUUGUGGGCUUUGAGGACGGGUCAGUAGGUGUGUAUUCAAUAACAGAUGUCACAAUCAACGGAGAGGAGUCGGUGAGGUGCAGAGAGAAUGUGAACAGUCAGUUGAAGCAAUGCCCCUUUGACAGAGCACCACUCAGCUGGUUACCAUUAGAGACCGCCAAUAUUAGAUGGCCAUAGAGCUGGAGUACGCAAGUUUUUUUUUUCAUCAUUGGGUAAAAAAUCCAAAAUAACCUUGCAGCAUAUUGUAAUUCAAGUGGUUUGAGAGGAAACCCAACUUCAGCACCUCAUCUUGGUUCUGUUUUCUGCCUUAAGAAGAUCAAGCCCAUGACGCGGCUCCAACUAGAAAACAAUGUUUUGAUGCAUUGGAUGUGCUGAAUGUGCAUAUUAAGGCAGUACAGGAGGAGGUGCACAUUAAUAAUCCUCCAGAACUGUAACAUGCUCAUGUUUAACCCAAACAAUGUGUCAUGUGACUGCAGUUGGUUCGGAUCCAGGUCGGAACACGUUCUCUCCACAAACGAAUCACACCAGAGUUCGUUUGUAACCAGACGGGAGACCACCUCUACAAGAAGGUCUCGAUCCGGUUGUUUUGGUGCACACCUGAGUGUGAUUGCUGUGUUCACACCUGCUAAAACAAACCGCACUUAGGGGGCAAACAAACUUGAGUUCAAUAGAAACAAACCAAACAGGGCAGGUGAAAUCAGGGUGGUAGUUGUCAUAGCAUUGCUUCAACAAAACAGCAUUGAUCGACUGGAGUGAUUUAAAUGAAUGACUAGUACUCGCACAGGUUACUGUAUGAAACACAUGCAUAUGGCCAAGCAUGUCUGGUGGUAGGGGCUUAAGUCAGAGAGGGUAGAGGUGCAGGAGGACGGCUGCAAUUUGUUAAUUCUGGCCUUUUUUGCCUUUUCAAGAAAACUGCUCACCCUGCCUUUAAUAUUAUUAUAUGACGUUGUUGAACUGUGUUUUUAAAGUUCAUCUAAAUGGAUGACCAAUGUGAUAGCACACAAAGUAAUUAUAUGCAUAUGUAUAUAUACUGUAUGUUGGUGUAUAAAUAAAAAUGUGUGCAUGUGUCUAUGUUCUAUACUUCUGAGGAAACUGCAUCAUCAUUAGUUUCAGUUUAGGUUGGUCUGAAAUGAUAAUGAUCACACACCUGAUUGCAGAGGAAUCCACCCAGCAUCCAUCUGAGUUUCAUUUCUGUGAAAACAAAACCAACAAAACUCAUCAUUCUGACACGUUUAUUUGUAAUAAUAAAACAAUUUUAUACGAAUGCAUUAUUUAUAUUAUUGUCUCUGUAAUAAAAAAGUAAUGA